ACUUCAUUCACUCAGUUGAGCGUCCGCUUUCACUAUUGAAGGAUGUAUUUGUGGUUAUUAUAAAACAAACGAGUUAUCAUUAUCGAAACAGUAAUAAAUCUUUGAAGUUAUUUAUUGUGUUGCACAUCGUUCAUAUAUUUUUUGUGAAAAAUGUUACGAAGCCGUAUCAACAAAAUGUAUUUUGGUGGAGUAGAAGGAGGCGCGACCCACUCCAACCUCGUGAUAUGCGACGAGACUGGCACGGUGGUGGGUACAGCCACGGGCCCGGGCACCAACCAUUGGACAUUGGGCAUAGAAGAAUGUGCCAUACGAAUUAUUGAAAUGGUGCACGCCGCUAAACAAGAUGCUGGAAUUCCUAGACACAAGCCUUUAAAUUCUCUGGGACUCACAUUGUCAGGGUGCGAGCAGGAGAGCAGUAACGCAGAGCUUGCUGCCUGUGUGAGAGAAAAGGAUAGCGAUGCUGCUGACGCUAUCUACGUGGCUUCGGACACAGCUGGUUCCUUGUACACGGGAGCUCCUGAUGGAGGCAUGGUGUUGAUUGCUGGUACUGGAUCCAACUCUUAUCUGAAGACUUCUUCUGGUGUAGAACGGGGAUGUGGAGGAUGGGGAUACCUUCUUGGAGAUGAAGGCGGUGCAUACUGGAUAGCCCACAAAGCAGUGAAGACCGUCUUUGACCAACAGGAUGGCAUGAAAAUCUCGGAUUUUCCAGUUGAGAAAGUGUGGGAGGUUGUUAAGGAACACUUCGAGGCUGAGACCAGAGCUGAUCUACUGCCACAUGCCUAUAAGCACUUCGAUAAGUCUAAGUUCGCUGGUUUGACAGUAAAGCUAGCAGCACUAGCCACCCAAGGCGACAGGCUCGCCCGCCACCUAUUCUCAUGCGCCGGCGCAGAAUUAGCUGCGCACGUCGCCCCGCUCACAUUCUGCGCCGACGAACACAGACUACGCGUCGUAUGCGUCGGUUCCGUAUGGAAAAGCUGGGAAUUACUCAAGAUUGGCUUUUUAAGAAAGCUGAGGGCAAGAGAUGUGAUAACCGAGCUAGAAAUGGUCACACUCCGUGUUUCAAGCGCUUUAGGCGCAGCCUGGUUAGCGGCUAAGCAUGUAAACUACGACCUACCUAGAGAUGACGAUGCAUUCUGCUCAGUCUUCUAUACAUACUACCCAUACGAACAUCUUGAUUUGGAGAAUGAUACUGACGUCCAUGGUCCACCAAUGGGUGGUGAACCUCGUGGUUUCCAUCACCCCCGCUACAUAUCUGACAUAGAAGGCCCGGACGGUCGUGGGAUGAACGGUCGUGGCUUAAUCAUUCGUGAUGCACACUUAUACAGGAAUCAUGUAAACGCUCGGGUAAACGGCCAUGCAAACGGUCAUGCAAACGGCCAUGCAAACGGUCAUGUAAACGGUCAUGUGAACGGUAAUAUUUUAAACGGUAUAGAUAUGGAGAAUAUGCGCAUUGAAGAUUUCCCUGUAAUUUAUGAAGGCGAUAGGACAGUUUCACCAUCAACAAUGAAUAUUUCGAGAUUUUCUCGUAUAUUACAAAUAAAACCUGUUAAAAACAUUAGUUAUAGAUGUUCAAGUCGUGCUUUAGAAUGUUUUAAUAGCAAUAAUAAUAGGAAUGAUGCUAAGAGUAGUUAUUACAGUGGAAUUUUGGCGGUCGCGGCCGGGGUGAUAGGUUAUAUCAGUUUAAAGGAUAAAUUAUUAGCUGCGACUGUGAUAAACAAUGAUUUAAAGGGUAGGAGAGAGAAGUUUAACUUUAUAGCUGAUGUGGUGGCGGUGUCAGCGCCGUCCGUCGUGUAUAUAGAGAUAAAAGAUGGAAGAAGAUUGGAUCUGUUUUCCGGCCAGCCCGUGACCUUAUCCAAUGGUUCUGGGUUCAUUGUGAAAGAAGACGGCCUUAUAUUGACAAAUGCUCACGUUGUAGUCAACAAACCUAAUGCUAUUGUCAACGUGCGGUUGUUUGAUGGAUCCAUCCACACUGGUUUUGUAGAGGAUGUAGACUUGAAGUCAGAUCUUGCCACUCUUCGGAUACCGGUGAAGGGAUUACCUGUAAUGAAGUUAGGGUCAUCAGCAGACAUCCAGCCUGGAGAGUGGGUAGUGGCGAUGGGUAGUCCUCUAGCCCUGAGUAACACAGUCACCGCUGGUGUAGUCAGUUCUACACAAAGAGCUAGUGAAGAACUGGGAUUAAGAGGCAAAGACAUGGUAUACAUACAAACGGAUGCUCCAAUCACGUUUGGCAACAGCGGAGGUCCGUUAGUGAACCUGGACGGAGAGGCGAUAGGCAUAAACAGUAUGAAAGUCACAUCGGGCAUUUCUUUCGCUAUACCUAUCGAUUAUGUCAAGGAAUUCCUGAAUAAGAGGACGACGAAGUCGCCGCAAGUGUCGAGGCGGUACCUUGGCAUCACCAUGCUGUCGUUGACACCAAAUAUACUCAUGGAACUACGAAUGAGGAAUCCUGAGAUGCCGACUGACAUUGAACAUGGAAUUCUCGUGUGGAAAGUUAUCAUCGGAUCACCAGCUUACAAUGGAGGCCUUCAACCAGGAGACAUAGUGACCAGUAUAAACGAGAAACCAGUGCGGACAGCUAGCGACAUCUACCUGAUUUUAGAGAACACUAGCGGCAGUUUGCGCAUAGACGUCGUUAGAGGGCGCACGCGAGUCACACUCACAGUCACGCCCGAGACUCACUGAUGAACGGACGUGUCUAAGUGAGACGUAGGAGUAAAAAUAAUAGUUUUGUAUCAAAUUUUGUCGUCGUUACAAAAAUAUGAAAUGAUUUAUGAGUGCCUACCUAGAUUGUGUGAUUUGAAUAUUUUUUUCCAUACGUUUUGUUGAUUUAGGAACAUGAUCAGUAAUAUGAAUGAGAUUUAAAGAUAUGCAUGUAUUUAUCGUCUCAAGUUUUGUAAAUAAUUAUUUUAUGUAGAUAUUUGGCUUUGGUACGUCAUUUCUUGAGGUAUAUUUCCCCAUAAAAUGAGGAAAUUAAUGAGAAGCUAAAAUAAUUACAUUAUUCAAAGCAAUUUCUUAAGUUACUUGCCAGCGACCUCAUACGCACAUUGUAAUUAUCAAUAUAAUUAUGUUAUUUACUAAAUUAUAAUUUGGUUUGAUAAUAUGUUAUGCAUAUUAAUAUGUAUAUUAAAUACACUAUUUUGAUAUAAAUUAUGUAUUAUAGUAACCAUAUUUAUUCGGAAACUUGAAAUUAUUUUUUGUAAGAUGAUGUCAAUUUGUUUAGUCUUAUUUUGAGUAACGUAACCAGAGAUUUCAAUUCCCAGAUAAAGAUAGAGAUUCAUCUAUGCCAUAUUUAUGAUUGUUGAUAUAGUUCAUGAGUAUUUUACAGUUUUUCGAUUUUGCGCUCUCCAGAUGGCGGUAGUAAUGCGUAAAGAGCUAUUAGUCUAUUCAGCUUCACUGUCACAACUUGGCUGAAUGGCCAAUAAACCUUCAAAGCUAUACUAGCGCCUCUAGUGGCGCGAAAACGUAUCAUUCACAUUUUUUGCAUAAAAACCUUUCUUGUAUAAAAAUCGACGACGAUUAAGCUAUGAAUACUUAAUUGUGUAUUUAAAUGAAAAUGAAAUGGUUUUUCAUUUCAUUGUAACGGAUAAAGUUAAUUUAAAUAAAAAAAGUAAAACUUUUAUUUAUUUUUGAAACAGCCUGUAUAUGUUUUUGUAUAGUUUUAUGUAAUAUUUUAUAUAUAGUUGUUGGUAAGAAUGUUUGUAUGUAUUAUAGAGAAAAUAUGGUGGAUUA